GUAAGCAAAGCAACACAAUCAUCUGUUGUUGGUUUCUCAUACGGUUCGUUACCUUUGCUAGAAGAAAAUGGCCAGCACACGGAUUUCAGAACAAUUACCCCCGCUUUUAGACCCAACAAAAGCACCUGUAGCUUUCGGCGACAGAGCACUUCCACGGUUGUCUAUGGAGUUACAGGACCCUGAGCUGUACAUACGCCAGAGGGCGCUCACCGCCCUCUGUGAUCUCGUCCACGAUCCGGAACGGGCAUAUGAAGCAAUUCUAAAUGGCUGUCUGGAGAGACUUAAGGUUCUUCUGAAGGACGAAGAUGCCUUCGUGAGGACCAAAGCCACAGAAGUGCUGUACUUACUGGCCACUCAUAAUGUAGGCAGGGAGGCCUUUCUUAGAUAUGAUGUUUUGGGUACUCUGUCAGACUUGUUUGAUGAGCCAGUGGAUGCCUGCCGGAGGAACAUGCAUAAAGCUCUUAAAAUGAUGGCCGAGUUUCCUGCAGGUGCAGCUCGUAUCGUGACGCAGGGCCUGGUGCAUCAGCUGGUGAUGAAGAUUCCGGUGGAGCACGAGGAGAUCCGGGCGCUGCUGCUGGAGACGCUGAGCUGCUGUGUGCGGGUGGACGCUCUGCCCGCGCUCCAGAGCGACGGCGUGGCCAUCCUACGCGAGCAGCUCACCAGCAAGUCCCUCGCCAUCCGACGAGCUGCCGCCAGUGCCAUGGUGGGAAUCAGUGUUCCUCUUGAGGGAAAGCAGCGUCUGUGUAAGGAGCAAGUCCUUCCUGUCUUGGUCAGUCUGCUGUCAGAUAGUGACCCAGCAGUCACUGCCAGUGCGGCUGGAACCAUCAUGAACGCUGCUGUCAUCACUAAAGGUAAAUACCAGGCACUGGAGGCUAAUGCCAUCCCUCCCCUGCUGCGGCUGGUGGAGAGCGAGAUCCGUGCGGUGAGUGCCAACGCCCUGCGUGCCCUCACCUGCCUGGCAGAGGCCCCCCCUGCCAGGCUGGAACUGCUGGAGCACCUGCCACUGCUACAGGCCCGCCUGGGCCACCCGGAGCCCGUCAUCCAGCGCGCCGCUCAGACCGCCAUACAGGUCAUCUCCUGGAAGCCCUGAUGGAGGGGAGAGGAGGUGGAGAAGA